ACUUGCUUGUCUUCCACUUGCAGUCCUUCGUGCACGCGUUUAUCUCCCUUCUACUCAAAAAUGUCGCAGACCGAGCAAUUCGGAUUCCAGGCUGAGAUCUCCCAGCUUCUCGACCUUAUCAUCAACACCUUCUACUCCAACAAGGAGAUCUUCCUUCGCGAGAUCAUCUCGAACGCCUCCGAUGCUCUUGACAAAAUCCGCUAUGCUUCCCUCACCGACCCUUCUGUGCUCGACACUGAACGGGAGCUCUACAUUCGCAUAACCCCCGACAAGGAGAACAAGAUUCUGUCCGUGAGGGACACCGGUAUCGGUAUGACGAAGGCAGAUCUUAUCAACAACCUUGGUACGAUCGCCAAGUCUGGUACCAAGGGUUUCAUGGAGGCGCUCAGCUCUGGUGCCGAUAUCUCCAUGAUUGGCCAGUUCGGUGUUGGUUUCUACUCAGCGUAUCUCGUCGCCGAGCGUGUGCAGGUCAUCACCAAGCACAACGAUGACGAGCAGUACAUCUGGGAGUCCGCAGCUGGCGGUACCUUCACCGUCACUCUGGACACCGUCAACCCUCCUCUUGGUCGGGGUACCGAGAUCCGCAUGUACCUGAAGGAGGACCAGCUUGAGUACCUUGAGGAGAAGAAGAUCAAGGAGAUCGUUAAGAAGCACUCCGAGUUCAUCUCGUACCCUAUCCAGCUUGCUGUGACCAAGGAGGUUGAGAAGGAGGUCGAGGACGACGAGGCUGAGGAGACUAAGGAGGGCGAGGAGAAGCCCAAAAUUGAGGAGGUCGAGGACGAGGAGACUAAGAAGAAGAAGACGAAGAAGAUCAAGGAGAAGGAAGUGUCGAACGAGGAGCUCAACAAGACGAAGCCCAUUUGGACGCGUAACCCUCAGGACAUCACGAACGAGGAGUAUGCGGCGUUCUACAAGAGCUUGACGAACGACUGGGAGGAGCACCUCGCUGUCAAGCACUUCUCUGUCGAGGGUCAGCUUGAGUUCAAGGCAAUCCUCUUCAUCCCCAAGAGGGCGCCCUUCGAUCUCUUUGAGACGAAGAAGAAGCGUAACAACAUCAAGCUCUAUGUCCGCCGCGUGUUCAUCAUGGACGACUGCGAGGAACUCAUUCCUGAGUACCUCAACUUCGUAAAGGGUAUCGUCGACUCGGAGGACCUACCUCUGAACAUCUCUCGUGAGACGCUCCAGCAGAACAAGAUCCUCAAGGUCAUUCGCAAGAAUAUCGUCAAGAAGUGCCUUGACCUCAUCUCGGAGAUUGCAGAGGACAAGGACAACUUCCAGAAGUUCUAUGAGGCGUUCGGCAAGAACAUCAAGCUCGGUAUUCACGAGGAUGCCCAGAACCGCAGCAAGCUUGCUGAGUUCCUGCGCUUCUACUCGACGAAGUCCCUGGACGAGAUGACCUCCCUGAAGGACUACAUCACUCGCAUGCCCGAGAUUCAGAAGACCAUCUACUACCUAACCGGCGAGUCAUUAUCGUCUGUGAAGGACUCGCCCUUCUUGGAGGUCCUGAAGAAGAAGGGCUUCGAGGUCCUGCUCCUCGUCGACCCCAUUGACGAGUACGCGAUUACGCAGCUGAAGGAGUUCGACGGCAAGAAGCUGGUUUGCGUGUCGAAGGAGGGUCUCGAGCUCGAGGAGACUGAGGAGGAGAAGAAGGCGCGUGAGGAGGAGGAGAAGCAGUUCAACGACCUCUGCAGUGCCGUCAAGGAGGCGCUCGGCGACAAGGUCGAGAAGGUCGUCGUCUCCAACCGUAUCUCCGACUCUCCUUGCGUCCUGGUUACCGGUCAGUUCGGCUGGUCGGCGAACAUGGAGCGUAUUAUGAAGGCGCAAGCACUUCGUGACUCGUCUAUGUCGUCGUACAUGGCGUCGAAGAAGACUUUGGAGCUCAACCCGAAGAACCCCAUCAUCAAGGAGUUGAAGAACAAGGUCGCCCAGGACAAGGCUGACAAGUCUGUACGGGACCUGACGUACCUUCUCUUCGAGACUGCCCUCCUCACUUCUGGUUUCUCGUUGGACGACCCGACGUCGUUCGCCAAGCGUAUCCAUCGUAUGAUUGCCCUUGGUCUCGACGUCGACGAAGACGAGGAGUCAGCACCCGCACCUUCGACAUCUGAGGAUGUUCCCCCGCCAUUGGAGGGCGCAUCGACGUCCGCCAUGGAGGAGAUUGAUUAGAUCGUUGUUGUCGUCGUGUCUGAUGUGUUGUCCUUUGCUUUCUUUUGUUCAUGUACUUUGGUCUCCGGUUCAUCAUGUAGCAUUUACCAUCUACGCAUCUGCACUAAUGCAAAACGAGCAAUCAAUCCAAUUCACUAUGGCA